AUGGGGAACCGGACUCAAGCCCCCCAGACAGAUUUCAUCCUGGUGGGACUCCUCACCGACAGCGGCGGACUCCCCCCCGUCCUCUCCACCCUGAUCGGCAUCACCUUCGUCGUGGCCCUGACGGGGAAUUCCACCAUGAUGGUCCUCAUCCACCUCGACCCCCAGCUCCACACCCCCAUGUACUUCCUCAUCGGACACCUGUCCCUCAUGGACGCCAUGUACAUCUGCACAACUGUGCCCAAGACGCUGGUGGACCAGUUGAGCGGGCAGAAGACCAUUUCCUUCUGGGGGUGCACGGCUCAGAUCUUCCUGUACCUGACCCUGCUGGGAGCCGAAUGCUUCCUCCUGGGCCUCAUGGCCUACGACCGCUACGCGGCCAUCGGCCACCCUCUGCGCUACCCGGUCCUCAUGAGCCAGAGGACGUGCGUUCGGAUGGCGGCGGGCUCCUGGCUCAUGGGGGUCACGGAUGGCUUCCUGGUCACCCCCAUAGCCAUGACCUUCCCCUACUGCGGGUCAAGAGUCAUCGACAGCUUCUUCUGCGAAGUGCCCGCCCUGCUGAAGCUGUCCUGCGUCGACACUUCGGUCUACGAGUCGGUGAUGUACGCCUGCUGCGUCUUGAUGCUCUUGGUGCCCUUCUCCCUCAUCGCCUUCUCCUACGGCCGGAUCGCCGCCGUGGUGCUGGGCAUGCGCUCGGCUCAAGCCCGGAGGAAGGCCUUCGCCACCUGCUCUUCGCACCUGAUCGUGGUCGGCCUCUUCUUCGGGGCGGCCAUCUUCACCUACAUGCUCCCCAAUUCCUACCACACUCCCGGGCAGGAUAGGGUGGUGUCCGUCUUCUACACCAUCCUCACGCCGGCGCUAAACCCUCUGAUCUACAGCCUCCGCAAUAAGCAAGUGACGGGGGCCCUUCGGAAGGUGCUGGGGAGUUGCGCUUCUAUACAGAGAACGUGA